GCGUCAGAUUUUUUGUUUGUUUUCCAGUGACGUCUUUGAUCUCCCUCCCGCCGACGACACAAGCACGCCGUCUGGUUUACCUGUAAGUCUUCUAUUCUCUUCUUUUCCUUUCGCGUGCUUCCUCUUUGAUAGGUUACAUUCUUUAAUCGAUCAUGGCAUCGUUCUUGGCCUCUGAUUCGAUUACGCUCGGGUGAUUUUUUUUUUUUCCCCCGAUUAUUGAUCUCGCCGGAGGUUGCGGAAGGGAGAAAUUGGGUUUCAAAUUUUCGAAAUUUUCAAGUAAUGUAAUCUGGGUUCGUGUUUAUUGUGCAGAUAAGUGUUUUUGUGUGGUGUCUGUGUCUCACUGUGUCGAUAGAUUAAAAUAAUUUCUCUUCGGCCAUGUCGUGGUCGAAAGCUUGUAGAGGAACUCGAAUUUCUUCAUAUUUAGAGAACCUUCAUCGAACAUCUCAGUAUCCAAGGACUAUUUUAUGCUCUCGUUAUUACACUCAUGGAGCUUGUAAAAGCAAUGAGCAUUAUCUCCGAAGCAAGAGAGUAUUUUGGGGAAGCUCUUCUUCAUGGAGCUUGAAUUCUCACUCUGCUACUGCUAAAUCGAUGUUAGAUAGUGCCCAUCGCCAGUAUUCUACUCACUCUCCAUCGGAAACCAAAUCACAGAAAAUGCUCUAUUACCUCACCGCUGUUGUCUUUGGUAUGGUGGGGUUAACUUACGCUGCUGUGCCAUUGUAUAGAACAUUCUGCCAAGCUACUGGAUAUGGAGGUACUGUUCAACGCAAAGAGACUGUUGAGGAGAAGAUUGCUAGGCAUUCAGAAUCUGGUACCGUCACUGAAAGGGAGAUUGUGGUGCAGUUCAAUGCUGAUGUUGCAGAUGGGAUGCAGUGGAAGUUCACUCCAACACAAAGAGAGGUUAGAGUAAAGCCAGGAGAAAGUGCACUCGCAUUUUACACUGCUGAAAACAAAAGUUCAGCUCCAAUAACCGGAGUCUCGACAUACAAUGUCACUCCCAUGAAGGCAGGAGUUUAUUUCAACAAGAUACAAUGUUUUUGCUUUGAGGAGCAGCGACUCCUUCCUGGAGAGCAGAUUGACAUGCCGGUCUUCUUCUACAUUGAUCCUGAGUUUGAGACUGAUCCAAGAAUGGACGGAAUCAACAACUUGAUAUUGUCUUACACUUUCUUCAAAGUGUCAGAGGAAAAUACUACAGAGACGGUCAACAAUAACAACUCUGUUCCAGUUCAAGAAACCAAUUAAAAAAAGUGUCCAUGUUUUUUAAGAGCUACAAAAUAUCUUGUGACACAACCUUAUGCAAGAACAGUCUCUCUUAGAUUUAAUAACCAAUUUCCAAAUUCGGAAACCAAUGUUCAAAACCCACGGAACAGAAAAAAGAAGAAAAAUGUUGGUAAAAUGAAUUCACUAUAAGCUCUUCUCUUCGUUUUUUUUUCGUUAAGUUUAUAAGGAUAUCGGUUUU